AGCUAAUGAAGAACAUCCAAUCCCUCACAUCAAACUCAUCUCACACCCGCGAGGGUUACGAUGACUUUAUCCGAGAUACCCUCACCCAUUUUAACUUAGUAGGCCACUUGCUUAAUAUAUGUCUUAUCAACGCUCGAUCGAUCUGCAACAAAAAGACGGAUUUAGCCCUGUUUGUAUCCAUAUACCAACCAUCACUUAUUAUGAUAUCUGAAGCAUGGACGAACAGUAAUAUUUCCGACCGAAGUAUAUCUCUUGAUAACUAUUUUCUAUAUAGAAGCGAUAGAUUGAAUGGACGAGGCGGAGGAUGCCUUAUUUACGCUCACUCUAGCCUAAACUCACUGCUAUGUGAUAUGCCUGAACUAAACAAACUGAAGGAUUCGGUGUGGAUUGUAUUAAAGCCGUCGAAUUCCGUUACCUUACUGGUUGGCUGUGUUUAUCGUCAACCUAACGCAUCAAUAGAUGAAAUAGCAGUAUUAUCGGAGGUAUUCACACUAGCACCAUCCCUCUCAUUCACAGGCAAGCUCAUUUGUGGUGACUUCAAUAUGCCCGAAAUUUCUUGGCUGCCAGUCAAAGCGCCGAGACGUUAUGAAUCAUUUAUUGAAUGUCUAGAGCUUGGACAAUGGACUCAGUAUGUCGAUAGCCCUACCAGACAUCAAAACAUCUUAGACUUAGUCUUUACCAGUGGCCUCAUCCCCAAUACUUUGUAUAUUGGAAAAAAGUUCCCAGGUAGUGAUCAUAAUAUUGUCAUAUGCAGCCUUAAUGUAAAAGCCACAACCGAUAGAAGUAAAACCGUAACAUAUCGUAGAAACUAUCGCAAGGUUGAUUGGAAUAACUUCCACAAUUACCUAAGAAGCACUGAUUGGAGAACUUUCUUUACCUCAAACAAUACCGACACAUUAACCAAUAUAUUUUAUCACAACAUCAAAAGUAUCAUCAACAACAUCGCACCUUUAGAAUACUGUAAACCUACGUUCUCCAAAGAUCUCUAUAUACCGAUCAGUACAAGAAGACGUCUUCAAAGACAUUGUACUCGAUUCCACAACUUAAAUGACUUUUCCUCUUUAGUAACGAUGACAGAAAUACUUGUCCGAACAGAGGCAAUAAGUAAACAAAAAGCAGUAGCACAGGAAAAACGUGCAGUUGAACUUAAUAAUAACUCCUCUGCACUCACCAUACUACUCCAAAAUAAACGCUCUAAAUCGAGAGGGAGUAUAUUCAUUAAAGGCAAACAAGUAUACGAAGAUCCCAAACUUAUCACAGAAUUAUUUACUGAACAUUUUUGUUUCUCACUAACUAACGAAAAACCAUUUAAUGAUUCAGAACCAAUCCCAGUAACUCCCUGUGAAAUUACUAAUGUAGAAUUCAGUGUACAAAAUAUCUCCAAGGCAAUCAGUACAUUGAAACACUCCUACACUGAUGGACCAGAUGGUAUUCCAUCUAGCAUGUUAAAACGUGGUGAUGAUAUGUGUGUUUUGCUUCUCAAACUAUUCGCGAUAUCACUCUCUUCAGCGUGUUACCCUACUGCCUGGAAAACUACACAUAUCAUUCCCAAAAUUAAAACAGGACCUGAAGCAAACGUUGAAAAUUACCGGUCUAUAAACAUAACUUCAGUGGUAUCCAGAGUGAUGGAAAAAGUAGUUAAGGCGGCUGUAGUCCAACAUCUACUAACUAAUAAUCUCAUCUCGACCUCCCAGCAUGGAUUUCUUAGGUCCAGAUCAUGCGAUACAUGCCUAGUAGACUACCUGAAUGAUAUAACUCUGAAACGAGACAGCGGACUCCUUGUAUCAGUCCUAUUCCUAGACUUUAAGAAAGCCUUUGAUAAGGUCCCACACAAAAGGCUACUCGUCAAACUAAAGUCCUUCGGAAUACACAACCCACUGUACUCAUGGUUUGCUUCGUUCUUAACAGAACGUAAACAGAUGGUAAAGUACAAUGACUGUCUCUCGUCCCCUAGACCAAUCACCAGUGGAGUCAUCCAGGGAAGCGUAUUAGGUCCACUUUUGUUUCUUAUGUAUAUAAACGAUAUAUGUAACACCAUAGAAUUUGGGAAACCAUACUUAUAUGCUGAUGAUCUCAAAAUAGUAUACAGCUAUAAGCCUGAGACACUAAGCGAAAGUGUAUCCCAGAUCCAAAAGGACCUCAAUAACUUAACUAUAUGGAGUGAAAAAUGGCAAUUACCAUUUAACCUCAACAAGUGCGGGAUCAUGCACUUUGGAAAGCAUCCCUAUAAACCGCGACUUCACUUAAAUGAAUGUAGAGUCCAAACACUCGAAUCAGUACACGAUUUAGGAAUUAACUACACAGGAAGCCUGAACUUUGAAGAACAUGCCUCCUCUAUUAUUUCUAAAUCUAGACGGCUAAUUGGUUUUAUAAUGAAAAACUUUUUCACAACAGAGGGUAAACUUACUCUCUACAAAAUAUGUGUACGACCCUCCCUUGAAUACUGCUUUUUUGUCUUCUCUAAUAUGAAUAUCGCAGACAAGAUAAGAGUAGAUGUUCAAAGACGUUUCACACGUCAACUACUAGGAUGUAACUCGAAUAUCGAUUACACAGACAGAUGUAAGCAUCUAUCUUUAGAACCUUUAUGGCACCAUAGGCUAAUAAACAAUUUAAUAUUUCUCUACAAAGCGAUAUAUGGGCUUUCCUUUCUAACCUCCUGCCCGACUAUCACCCACGACCCAGCCUAUAGACUUAGGAACAACGCAUAUACACUACUUACCGUAAAACACCAAAAACAAAUGCGUUGUAAGUUUUUUACAGGCUGCCAAUGCCUAUCCGUAACUGUGAUACGUUUACCAGAUUCAAAAAGCUAAUAACCCUAUUUCUAGACUCCAAAGAGCUUCAACAUUUCCUUGAACUCCCGCCCACCGAUGAGGCACUUUAUUACGGACCGCCUAGUAUCUAGAAAGAACAAGAUUAUAACAAGUUCGACUGUUACUAAUACGAAUAUAACCAAAUCACAGAAUAUAUGGCUUAUCCUUUCCUAUUAUUCAUUGUUUAUUAAUCAUGGCCUUAUGCUCCUAACCCUAGCUUUUAGUUCCCAAAUCUCUACAGGUUAAAUGUACAUUAUUCUUCCUAAAAGUCAUGUUUUUUUUCUACUGUAAGUAGACAGAUAGCUCAAUCUUAUGGAUGCUGAUCUACCAAGGCCGAUCAUACAAAGCUCAAAAUUUGGCCACAAAGUCUUGUAUUCGUUAUUUCAGUUGGUAGUAACGGAUAAUUCUGGUCGUGGGAGCGCUAUUCUGUUUGUCUAGAAUUACGAGCAGAUGUAACCUGCAUCGUCGAUAAAUUGUGACAUGCCGGAGUCCUUGCCAUUAUAUGCUACUAGCGUACAUAAAAAGACGAACUCAUACCAGUAAGCUCAGUCAUUUACGAAACACGAAUCGUAUGGUUCAUCAUAUUCGUAGACAUUGUAGUCGGAGGAAGCUAUCUAACACACACACAUUCCAUAAUAACACAACAAUUCUAUUACCCAGACUAAGCAAACAGUAUGUACAGAUUCAACGAGGCCAGGUUUUAAUUAAGAAUCAUCAAUAAUAUUCUUUACAAUAGAAAAUAUGGAUCAGAAUAUAACAAAAUAUGGAGACGUGACAGGAACUGUUUACUAUGAGAAAUUAUUUGUUGAAGUAUUUUUGACUUAACCACAAAUUCAACUUGUAAACUGAUUUUUCUGCAUCAAUAAACUCCCGCCCAAAUUUUAUUCCCGUCUUCGUAGUUUCAUGGGGAGAUAUACCGAUA